CGCGCGCGCUCCCCAGCCCUUAGAAGUAGCCUCGUGCGAUCUCCCACCUUAUCAUGGAGCCCAAUCCACACAGCGCAACCACAGACUCGCCGCCCACGCGGUCCAACAUCUUGGGUAAUUUUCUGCGUGGCCGGCCGCGGAAUUCAUCCCAGUCGCACAUCAACGUCGAGGCCGCCGCGCGCGAGCUCUCGCCCUCCCCUACCGGCCAGGCCGCGCAACCGCCGUCUCCGGGCAUCCCGAUCCCGGGGCACCGGCGCCGCACUGCGCCAUCACCAAGCGGUGGCAUACAACAGACCUCCUCCUCCCACCAAGGCUCAGCGCCAUCGGGCACCCAAGGCCUCGGAAUCUCGCACAUGCUGCGACGCAGACGCUCGGCGGGCGCCCUCAAUCCCCCGGCCAUACCCUCGGGCCCGCCAGGCCCGACAGGCGCAACCACCGCCCCAUCGACGCCCGCCGUCGCUAAUCAGCCAAACGGCCCCUCCCACCGUAUCCGCCUCGUUCCCCACCUCGAGUCGCGUCGCUCGUUGCGCUUCGAUGCUAUUGCCCGCGAUCUGAAAGAGGGCGAUCCGCCCCUGCGCAUCGGACGGUUCACGGACAGGUCGGGCAUGGGCCUCGCCGCCGUCAAUGCGCUCGGCUCGAACAAGCUCGCGUUCAAGUCCAAGGUCGUAUCGCGCGCGCACGCUGAGGUCUGGGUGGAGCCAGGAGGGCGCUUCUAUAUCCGCGACACAAAGUCGUCCUCUGGCACCUUCCUCAACCACGUCCGCCUUUCACCCGCCAAUACCGACUCGCGGCCACACCAGAUCAAGGACGGCGAUAUACUUCAGCUUGGCGUAGACUACCAAGGUGGCACGGAGGACAUCUACAAGUCCGUCAAAAUCCGUAUCGAGUUGGGCAGGGAGUGGCAGGCGGCAGCCAAUGCCUUCAAUACGAACGCACUCAAGAAUCUUAAGACGUUGGCCGUGUCUACUGAUCCUGCGAAGACGGGCAAUGGCAAGGUCGCACCGAAGUCGUCAAUCCCAGAUUGCUGCAUAUGUCUAUUCGCCGUCACCAUCCGGCAAGCCCUCUUCAUCGCCCCCUGUUCCCACACCUUCCACUACAAGUGCAUUCGGCCACUCCUCGAGAGCCACCACCCGGCGUUCUCCUGCCCCUUAUGUCGUACCUUCGCCGAUCUCGAAGAGGAUGUGGAGGUCGAGCUCAUGGACGACCCUGAGGACUCUGCGCAGGAGGAGGCCAGCACCGAGGUGCACCCGGCCGUCGUCGCUGCCAGCGCCGAGCGCGAGCGCGAGGCGGGUGCAGAGACGGAGGUUGAGCCCGACGCGAUGCCCGCCCGCGGCCGGCGCACGCUGACCACUGCCCAGCUCGUCGACCUGGGCGGCAGCCACUUAGAGGAGGCCGACGAGCGGAUGAGCAUCGUCGACCCCGAGGACAUCGAUAUGGUGGACGCUGAGCAUGUGAUGCACGCGGAUGCGGGGCGGACAGACAGCGAGGCGUCGGGUAGUGGGGAGGGUCGUGAGUUCGGUGUGUUCGCGGACCCUGCGGAUGGCGCGGAGGGCCACGGCGGAAUGUCAGUGCUCCCCGCCGACGCCACGCUCGCGGCCGGCAAGAGGAAGCGUUGAGGUUGGGGUGGGAUCUGCUUAGCUAGAGACUACCGGAUCGUACGCAGACCGACGUUUUAGACAUUGGACUGCUACUCAUUGCCCAUUAUAACCCCCUCCCCGUUGUCCGUAUCAUCGUUGCUUAUAUUGUGCGGACGUGCGCCUCCUUGCGCGCCCCGUCAGCUUUACGCUCACGUUACGUCUUCACGCCUUCCCGUAUCCUCACAUUCAUGUCCAUAUCCCAUCGCAGCGCGGCAGCCUCCUAGAUGCGCUCUAGCGCCUUAAUCAUCCCUCCAUCCUUUCUUCUGCUCAUAAGUAGUCAUACAAGCUCGUUCAUGUAUGUGUAUAUAACGGAUUCAGACUGUUGCCACCCUGUACGCUAUCACUCGACAUUCCUUCAUUGCUUUUGCUAUAUAUUCGCCUCUGGAAACCGGA